AGCUGAAUUCAGACGCUGACGGAGUCCUGCUGUGUUGGAACUGCACAGGCCAGGAUGGAUUACUGUCUUUACACCAUGACCACUGAGGAUUCUCAGCUCUGAUUGGCUUGCAGCCACCAUGAGCGUCCUGCCGUGCAGCUUCCUCGUCCUCCUCCUCCUCUGCGUCCCAAUCCUUGCUGAGGCCAAACGUCAGGCCGGACAGGAGAAACCAGACAAACCUGAAAAACCUCGCCAGCCUCCACCAUCACUACCACCGGCCAAGAGAGCCAGGAACCGUUCAGUACCUGGAUCUGGAGAACUGAGCACCAAGGACGGCCACCGCUGCACCUGGCAGACGUCUGGAGAAGGUCUGGUCAGCCUGGUGGUGAACUGCAGCACUGAAACUCAAGGAGAGCUGCAGAGGUACUGGUGCCGGUAUGCCGGUAAACCGGACCUUUGCCAGGCCUACGGGGUGAAGUCCAGCCAGUACUGGAAGCAGCUGGUGGGGAAGCUGAAGAAAAGACAAAAUGCCUGUGAAGGAGAAAAAGUCCUGAAGGCCAAAACCUGCAAGAAGGCGCCUGCCGAGGCUCACAUGAAGCUCGCCCAACGCAGCGGCGAGGACGAAAGGAAGGCCGGGAAGGAAGGCGGGAAGAAGAAAGGAGUAGCUGGCGGGAAGAGCUCAGAUGGAGGGAAGGUGGAGAAGAAGAAGAAGAAGGUGGAGGACGAGGAGGAUGAGAAGAUGGAGGACAGGACUGGGUUGGAGGAUGAUGAAGGAGUCAUGAACGACAUGGAGCCGGUGCAGAGCUACUGCAGCGAGGGGUGGCACUCGGUCUGCUCCUUCUUCGUCAAGUUUUUUGAAGGUUGAUCAGUCAUGCUAAAUAAAGAUGCAGCGAAUUCACUAUUUGAAAACAAUCGAUCAAUUUUUUAAUCUCACGGGAAGCACCAGGCAGCUCAUUUGUAAAAGUUCUUUUAUACCUUUAAUUUUGAGCUGCGUUAGCAUCACAUUUCCCAGUCAAAGUUAGAUUAAAAUCACCUUAUCUUGGAUUGGGUCAUAAAACCACUUUGGUUUUUCAUAAAUUCUGAACUUUCUUACAAAUUAGGCUUCUAAUUUGCAGUGUUAUAGCGGAAUGAUAAUUAAAACUUGGCAAUCUAAAUUAUACAAAACGAAUAAAUCAAACUUGCCGAUUUUGGAAGAAAGCUCUAAUUCAUUAUAAAUGUCCCUCGCAGUCUUUAGAAACUCACACCAGCUGUUUUUGUGGAAAGAACAGGCAAAGAGGUGUUUUAAUGGAGUAAAAUGAACCAAUCAGGUUAUUUUUGACUCCAGGUUUUGUUAAAUGAGUGUUUUUAGCUGUGGGAUGUGUUCAGUCGUUGUUAUAGUCGUACUUUGUUCUCUAGAAAUCAGAUGAAAAUGAGGAGUUGAGCUGUAUAAGCUGUUUGAACUAACAACUAAACAUAAUGCUUUGGUGGACAACAAUCAGCCAGUGAUCCCCACUGGUGGUGGCGUUAGUGAUUAUUAGAUCAAUUCAUGUGUCUUUGUGAUGUGAAACUAAUAUUUUAUAUAAACGUUGUGUAACUGUUGUGUAAAAACACGCUGUUAAUAGUUGUUGCUGUUGGAUUUGUGGUGGUUAGACCUUCGCAGCAUCUAAAAAAAUAUUUUUUAAAGAAGUGUUAACACUGUUCCUGGAACUUUACAAUAAAGUGCUUACAAAAAACGA